AUGAGUGACAUUGAGAAACUGACGCAGCUGCUCCUGCAGCAGGCGGAGCUGUCGGCGCAGCGGGAGCGAGACUCAGCGCAGCGCGAGGAGCGGCUCACUCAGAUGGUGGAGCGACUGGUCGCCGACCGACAGCCACCCGCUACCGUCGCUGCCGACGAUGCCUCGGCGGCGACAGCCGCCCGGACGUUGGCUGCCGCCCCGCCCGUGCGCCUGCCUGCUGCUGCAACGCCGGCGCCUCAGCUGUCGUCCUCCACAUCCCUGCGCGACUUCGCUGUAUGGAGGGAGAAGCUGGACGGGUACAUGCUUCUGACCGGCGCGUCCGCGCUGCCCGUCACUGCCCAGAGAGCUGCCCUUCUCAGUCUUCUCGACGAAGAUUGGCACCGGGUGCUGCGCUAUGGACUGACGAUAGCGGACGACUCUCCCCUCUCCGCGGUGGUAGACGCAAUGGAGAGUCAUCUCCGUAAGCAGCGCAGUGUCCUGGUCGACCGCCGUGCGUUCUACGCCCGUGUCCAGGAGCAGGGCGAGAAUUUUGAGGAGUUUCUGUGCGAAGUGAAGGAGCUCGCGGCAUUUUGCGACUUUUGCACACACUGUUACGACUCACGCCUGCGUGACAAGAUUGUGUGUGGCCUGCGGGACGAGGAGACGGUGAAGCGUCUGUUGGAGGAUCCGGGGCUGGACCUCAAGAAGACGGUGGACAUCUGCCGUGCGUCAGAGAACGCCCGGGCUACCUGCUCCGACCUCCGCUCACCGACGGCGUCAGUGAGCCGUCUGUCGGCAUACCGCCGUUCAAGGUCGCGCGAUGCGCGCCCCGCGGCCCAACCCGGCGGGCGUUCCGCGGGUACGGCCGGCGUGCGCCGCCCCCAGGCGCGCCCCGCGGCCCAACCUGGCGGGCGCUCCGCGGGCGCGGCCGGCGCGCGCUGCUGCCGCUGCGGGCGGGCCGCCCACGCAGACCCGGCGGCGUGCCGCGCUACUAGCGCCAUCUGCAACUCGUGUGGCCAGCGCGGCCACUUUGCAGUGGUGUGCGCCCAGGUGGCGCGCGAGAGCGCCGCUGCCCCCGCCGAGCGCGCAGCACCGGAGCGCGCGCGGCCCGCGGUGGGGCAGCCGUCAGAGCCGCGCAUCUGCCGUGUCAUCAGAGACGUCUACGUGAACGGCAUCUCGACGCGGCCGACUCCCACUGUGACUGUCCGACUGUCUACGCCGGCUGGUGUGUUCACCGUGCCGGCCCGGGCCGACUCCGGCGCCGAGGCGACAGUCAUCGGCGAAGACAGCCUGUCUUCCAUCUGCGUGGAACCAGCGCAGUUGGAGCCCUGCAUCGGCCAACCAUUUUCAGCAGUAGGGAAACAGCCGCUCACCUGUGUCGGGUCGUUCCGGGCUACUCUGGAGCUGGGCGACCGAUCGACCACCGCUGCCGUGUUCGUCAUCAGGGAGCUGACUGGCCUGCUACUCAGCUGGUUCGACUGUGUGGCGCUGGGGAUUCUGCCGAGGGAUUUUCCGGCACAGAUCCGGUCCGUCGAGGACGCACCGCGCCCUGCUGAUGACGUCACGGCCUCUGUUGACGUCACAUCCGCUGGUGACGUCACACCCUCUAAUGACGUCACACCGUCUGCACCGCCGGCCGCUGCCGGCUCCGCUCGUAGCGCCAGCGGCCGCUCGGCCCCGUAUGAGGCGCCGCGUGACAGGCCCUGUCCGGCCACCGGGACCGAGACGGGCGCGCCGGCGCCGCCGGCCGAUGGACCCGGCCCGGCCGCCGGCCUCAGCGGUCCGCUGCCGGCCUGGGACAGCGACUCAGACCCACCAGAGGCGGUCCGUGCAGCUCAUGCAGCCGCUCUGGUGGAGUGUUUCCCGCGUGUGUUCGGGCAAGAUUCGACUCUUCGAGUAAUGGACGGCGGUCCGAUGACGAUCGAACUCCGGCCCGACGCGUGUCCGACGUCGGUCACCGCUGCGAGACCGAUCCCCUUCGCCUGGCGUGCCGAGGUAAAGGCGCAGCUGGACGACCUGCUGGACCGCGGCGUCAUCGUCCCUGUGGACUACCCGACGGAAUGGUGCCAUCCCAUUUCGUGCGUGCCGAAGAACCCGUCCGGGUUUCGACUCUGCGUGGACCUGACGGGACUCAACCGGUACGUGAAUCGACCCACGUACCCCUGCCGGUCUCCUCACGAUGCCGUGACGAGUCUGCCCGCCGGGCACCGGUGGAUGUCGACUCUGGACGCCAAGAUGGGCUACUUCCAGGUGCCGCUCGCUGAGUCAAGUCAGGACCUCACCUGCUUCAUCACGCCGUGGGGCAGGUUCAAGUUCGUCCGCUGUCCGAUGGGAUGCAGUGCGUCUGGAGACGAGUACAACCGGCGCGGCGAUGCCGCGCUCGGCGACAUCCCAAACUGUGUCAAGAUUGUCGACGACAUCCUGGCCGUGGCACAGACGUACCGGCAGCACCUGCAGCAGGUGAUCGAAAUCCUCCGGCGCUGUGACGACCGAGGAAUCACGCUGAACCCGCUGAAGUUCAAGUUCGCCCAGAAUGAGGUCAAAUUCUGCGGCUACAAGAUCACCCCGGCCGGCUACACCACCGACAAUGAAAAGGCGCGCGCCAUCGCUGAUUUCCCGAGACCGGAGAACGUCACCGACCUGCGGUCCUUCAUGGGUCUGGUGAAUCAGCUGAGCGGCCUCACACCGGAGCUGGCUGACUCGACUCAGGCCUUCAGAGACCUCCUCAAGUCGCGCCGGGUCUGGCGCUGGACUGAGCAGCACGAGGCAGCGUUUCUGCACACCAAGAUUGUGCUGUCGUCACCGCCGGUGAUGGCCUUCUUCGACCCCCAGCUGCCGACCGUGCUACAGACGGACGCUGCUAAAACCCGAGGACUGGGUUUUGCACUGCUCCAGAGGCACGGCGAGGACUGGCGUGUGGUCCAGUAUGGUUCACGGUUCCUGACCGAUACCGAGAGCCGAUAUGCUGUAAUCGAGCUGGAGCUGGCUGCUGUACUCUGGGCCUGCAAGAAGUGCCAUGUCUACCUGGCUGGCAUGCCCCACUUCGACCUGGUGGUCGACCACCGACCGCUGGUGACCAUCCUAAACUACAAGCAGCUCAACUCGAUCGACAACCCGCGUCUGCAGCGGAUGAGAGAGAAGUUGUUGGCCUACAGCUUCACCACCAGCUGGCAGAAGGGAUCGAGUCACGUGAUCCCAGACGCGCUCUCGCGAGCGCCCACCAGCGACCCCGCCGCUGAUGACGACGGAGCGGUGGACACCGAGGACGACCCGCUGCACGCCAGCGUCAUUGCCGCGCUGCAGGCCUCCGCUCGAUCGGAGGAGGGCGCCCAGCUGGCUCCGCUGGUCGACUCCACACUGGAGAGAGUCCGCGCCGCCGCGGAGCGCGACACCGAGUACCAGACUCUCAGCGAGCUGAUCCUGGCCGGAUUCUUGUGUUCGGGUAUAGGGGGUGUGUACUUGGACCGCCUCUGCGGCCCCACCUCUGUGUGCCUGGGAGCGCCCCUGCCGACGCUCAGCUGAUCGUGCGCGCCAAGCGGCAUGACUGGCGCGGGCGACUAGGCGUGGCGCUCGCCAUAUUUGUUUAGUUUUGGAGGACUCUCUCGGCCCAUUCGC